CGCGGCGUAGCAACGUCACGACCGUCGUGGCCGCGCCCUUCGUUCACCCCGGUGGAUGACAUCGACCGCGGCUCGCCUCCUCGCCGGUUCCUUCCGCUCGUUCGCCCACUCACGCGCGACCCUCGCGCUCAACCGCGCGUCGUCGUCGCGCAUCGGACCCCACGUCAGGGGAGCCCAGUUCGCGCGGUCCGCCAUGGCCUCCUUCGGACCCGAGCCGCCGCCCGCCAAGAAGGCCAAGGAAAACUCCUGGGACAAGAACGGCGACACCUUCAACAAGGUGGCGAGCAGCGCCGCCGCGGAGCGCAACCGCCAGCCCAUCGCCGACGUCGUCGUCCCGCUGCUCGCCCAUCUCGACUGCGGGCUGGUGGUGGAGCUCGCGUGCGGCACCGGUCAGCACGUCGCGCACGUGGCGCCCUUACUCCCGAACCUGACGUGGCUCCCCACCGACCUCACCGACGAGUCCUUCGGCUCCGUCACGCACCACACGCGUGGGUUGGAGAACGUGCUGGAGCCCGGGGUGUUGGACGCGAGCGACGCCAAUUGGCCCGAUCGGUUCGCCGGGUCGUGGGAGCCCCCCGCCGCCGUGCUCGUGGUGAACCUGACGCACAUAUCCCCGUGGGAGGCCACCGUGGGCGCGGUCGUCGGGUCCGCCAAGCUGCUGGAGGACACGAUCAACGGGUUGUUGAUGAUAUACGGCCCGUUCAAGCGCGGUGGGAAGCACACGUCCGAAGGUAACGCGACGUUCGAUGCGAGUCUUCGAGAGCGGAACCCGGCGUGGGGGUACAGGGACGUCGAGGCGGUGGACGCGUUGGGUCAAACGCACGGGUUCGUCAUGGAGAAGGUGCACGAGAUGCCGGCGAACAACUUCAUGCUGAUAAUGCGCAGGCGGGCGAAGAUCGAGCCAGCGGAGUAGAGCAGCUUCGGUCGUUUAUCAUGGUAGUUCGACUCUCUUCC